ACCUGAUCUAGUGUAUGUGUCCCUGUUCAUUGCAGAGAAUUUGGACUAGAUGACCUUUAAAGGUUCUUUUCAACUUGAACGAUUCUGUGAUUAUAUGACACUGUGAAAAACAAAAGGCAUGACAAAAAUAUGCGUUAACGUAAUGAACCAGACCCUUGAUCUGGUCAGCUUUAACACAAGGGAACUGAGUUUGUUGUUGUCAUUCAGCUGGCUGAAGACCAUCAGCUUUGAUUUCUGUAAUAAGGUGAAGGAUAAAGAUGAGAGGAGAGAGGCUCAUACCUCAGCCUACUGGAUGGCAGUCUCUAAAAUUCCUAGGUUAAGCCUGUCCUUUGAUUUUGGCAGAUGUGCUUUCUUCAGAGGAGAUUUUGCACUAGCUCACUUCCCGUUGUUUGCCAGGAGAGCUGUUCCUAUAUCCUACCAACUUUCAGGCUCAGGAGGAUGUGCUUAGUGUUGGCUUUACAAGUUUGGUUGCUGACAGGGCGGGGGUAGCAUUGCAGAUCCUGGUCAUAGUCCUGGCACAUCAUUUGUCACCCUGCUGGGGUGGCCCUGCUGUUAGCACACAGGGAGGCUCAGCUUGCCUGCAUGGGUUGCAGACACACCUUUUGCCCACAGAGCCUUUUGUCAUCUUACUCAACAGCUGGCUCAAACUUGCUGCAAAAUAACUGCAGCUAGUUCCUGUUACAGUACCUGUAAUAAAGGAUCAGUGCAUUUUUGUCUCUUUUGAGGGGCUUCAGCUAGAACCAGAAGAAGCAGGAGGAAUUCUACAACGUUUUAAACCGACCUGAAUGAAUGCUGCCGCAGUUUCCCUAUUUCCCUGCAUGUCAGGGAAUGUAAUGCGCAUAUGUGCACAAGCCUGACUUCUCCUUUGUGCUGGCUGACUGCUGAGUGAGCUGCUGUAGGGAGCUCACAUGGAGACAUUUUUUUGUUUGUUUGUUUUUCCAACUUCUCUGACAGCUUGGUGCUUUGUGUGGCACUGAUACUGGGACAGGGGAAUCAGGCUGGAACAGGGAGUGCUGGUCAAGUGUUCCUGGCAACAUUGUUCACCUGCAGGCGAUCUCAAGUUGGAGGAUUCUCUAUUCCAGGCUGAAAACAGUGCAGGCGUUUUUGAGCAAAUUCCAAUCUCAUGAAUGUUUAUGAUAUGUUAAAAUAGAUCUUUCUAAGAGAGAAGAAUUUGCCACGUAGCGGCUGAAGGUACAAGGGAAAAAAAAUCUCAAGGGAAGUCUUCCAAGUUUGCAGCGUACAAUUGCAGGGCUUGUGGAAGGUCUUUGAUACGCAUUCUGAACAGCAGCUAAGGUUUUCCCAAGCACGUAGCUGUGUCACCUAAAAUUUGAUACCAGCUGUAGAUGGCUCAGCUUCCUCCUGGGAUUCGCUUCAUCACUUCAUUUUCACGAGAUCAGUGGUAUAGAGCCUUCAUUUUUACUCUCACCUUCUUUUUAUAUGCCAGCUUCCAUUUAUCAAGGAAACCUAUCAGUAUAGUCAAGGGAGAACUGCAUAAGCAUUGUGCUGCUUCACAUGAAGUUGAACUCAGCUCCCUCAGAGAAUAUGCUGCCCGGGUUCAGUCUGUCAAAAAGCUGUCUAAUGCAUCUCAGUGUGGAUGGGAGCCAUUCGAUAAGAAUAACUACAAGCAGUUACUGGGAGCACUGGAUUACUCAUUUCUUUGUGCAUAUGCAGUUGGAAUGUAUUUAAGUGGAAUAAUAGGAGAACGGCUCCCCAUCCGGUACUAUCUGACAGUUGGAAUGCUUGCUAGCGGGCUCUUCACUGCAAUGUUUGGAUUGGGUUAUUUCUGUAAUAUACAUAAUCUGUGGUUUUACAUAAUGGCCCAGAUAGCUAACGGGUUGGUGCAAACUACUGGCUGGCCAAGUGUCGUUACGUGUAUUGGCAACUGGUUUGGAAAAGGAAGGAGAGGUUUGAUCAUGGGAAUCUGGAAUUCACACACAUCAGUGGGAAAUAUCUUGGGAUCCUUAAUUGCUGCUUAUUGGGUAUCUACGUGCUGGGGUCUCUCCUUUGUGAUGCCUGGUGUUAUCAUUGCUGUGAUGGGGAUUGUUUGUUUCCUCUUUCUUAUUGAACAUCCUAAAGAUAUAAGUUGCUCCUACACACCAUCCAGUCGUGAUCAUGAGCCCAGUAUUUCUACAGAGUUUGUAGUGAGUUCUAAAGCAUUCCUGAAUGGUGCAUCUCGAUUCAGAGUCCAGAUGCCAACCUUAAAUGCCAAGGAAACCAGCAAGUCUCAGGAUCCAGAGAUGCAGCAUUUACUUAUUGACAGUGAAAAUUCCACAGCAUCACAGAACUCCAGCACUGUGGUCAGUGGGGAAGGCAGACAUGGGACAUCAGCUAUCAGCUUCCUUGGGGCUUUGCGAAUACCUGGAGUCAUAGAGUUUUCCCUUUGCCUUUUGUUUGCAAAACUUGUGAGCUAUACUUUUCUCUUCUGGCUUCCCCUGUAUAUCACAAAUGUGGAGCACCUUGAUGCCAAAAGAGCUGGGGAUCUUUCUACACUGUUUGAUGUGGGUGGAAUCUUUGGUGGAAUUUUGGCAGGCCAGAUCUCAGACAGGCUAGAGAAGAGGGCAUCGACCUGUGGAAUGAUGUUAUUGCUUGCAGCACCCACAUUGUACAUGUUCAGUACAGUCAGUAAAAUGGGCCUUGAAGCUACUGUAGUGAUGCUGCUUAUCAGUGGUGCCCUGGUGAAUGGUCCCUAUGCACUGAUCACUACUGCUGUCUCUGCUGACUUGGGUACCCAUAAAAGCCUGAAAGGGAAUGCAAGAGCCUUGUCCACAGUGACAGCAAUCAUCGAUGGAACAGGAUCAGUAGGUGCAGCUUUGGGGCCUCUCUUGGCUGGUCUCAUUUCCCCGUCUGGUUGGAACAACGUGUUUUAUAUGCUCAUGGUGGCAGAUGGGUGUGCCCUGCUAUUCUUACUCCAUCUUAUUCAGAAGGAACUUCGGUGUAAUGCAGAUCAUACCCUAUUUAAGGAACACUGAGUUGAGAGACCAGAUUUGGAACAAGGACUGCGUAAGUGACCAGAGCUCUUCCCUGAAAAAAACCUUAAUGGAAUGUGUUACUCCAUACGUAAGAGAUUCUGUUCGGUGGAGAAUUUUGCACGUUUACUGGAAGCAAUUCGAGAAAUGCAGCUGGUAAAUCCCUGAAGCUCUUAUUUUUGCACAUGAAUAAGUACCUCAGGAUGGCAACUAUUCAUCAGAUGAAGGGACAGGAACUUUGGGAAGCUUUGAGCAGACCGCCUCAACUGAGCCAAAGAGAAAUACCAAGUGCCUUUUUAAUUUCCUUUGAUAGGAUGUUUUUAAUGAAAAUGCUAUACUGUGUAUUUUCUAAAAACAACUCAAAAGUGGAGCAGAAGGAGGUUGGAAUCAUAACAGACAGCCCGGCAGUGAGCAAAGUAUCCCUUAUGUCAUCUUGUGCAUCACUGUGACUGAGGGCAUCACUUUAUAGAGAAUAAUACCAGCUGAUUAUUAAUACACACUGCUAUUAGUAUUUUGAAGCUGCUUAGACAAUGAUAACCUCAUCAUAUUAUUAGUUUUUAACUACAGCACACAUUCUAAUCCCAAGGACAGCAUCCAACCUUUUGGUAAGAGAUGAAAUAGAAUUUAUAGUUGCAAUGUACUGUAGUUAGCAGUUUUCACAAACUAUUUGGGUGGAUGCUAGUCUACAGUUAGGAUUGUGCAAAAGUGAAUCCUAAGCAACAAAAAGUAGAUUUUGAGUCAAUUUCCAGUGGAAGACUGGUUGUUUUCAGGGCAUUGUAGUAAAAUGGUUGUGCAAAUGUCACAUCGUUAUUGUGCUGCUCCUCUAGGCUGGAUUGAAAUGAGAGGUUGUUCCUUUUGAGGUGGCAGAGAACUGUAUGCUGCCAUACCUUUGAAUUACAGCACUGAAAAAAUUAGCUGCUGUAGUGCUCAGUGCCACAAUGAUCUCUGUUGGGUACUUGCUGAUUUCAGUGGUUUCAUGUAUAUUUGGAAGUCUUUGACAGAUCAAGGCCUUAAUAACCAGAAAUCUCUUUCACGUGGCUAAUUUAAAGUGGCUUUGAAUUUCAGAUUCAGAGCCAAAAUAUGUGUCUUUAAGAAAAGAAAAAUUACCUAGGUGGUAGGUUGUAAGAGAACAUUUUGGUAACAAGUGUUACCCAGCAAACAGACAAUUUAGUGUCUUCAGAACAUAUCGUUUCUUCAUACAGGUAUCUCCUUUGUAAAAUAGAUAUUUCUGUGAUCGUUUUUUAAAAGAUGUACAAAAGUAUAAAGGAAUUUUUUGUAUAAGGUGUUUAUACUUAGAUCGUGAAGGUUCGGUAAUUUAAACUGUGUGUUGUUCAUAACUGUAUUUAUUAAAGCUGUAGGCACGUGUCUUGUUCUGUACUGUGCUCUAAGUUUUGUGAAACAAUGCAGUGGUCUUUAUACUUGAUUAACAAAUCAGCACUCUAAAAUAGCCCUGCAAAGCAUAAAGAAAUGUCUCAGCUGCUGCUAUGCUGUUUCCAUGUGUUGGCACAGUACUUGAUUUCCAGGGCAGUUUCGUAAUUUUUUAGUUUCUGAUGAGUUACUUCACUGGUUUGGUUCAUCAUGUGCUUUCUGCUUGACUUGAACGUUGUGUUCCUUUCUGACUGUUUUGCUGAACAGAGGCAUAGGGAAGAUCUUGGUCCCACAGAGGCUAAUGGGAGGUGCCACAGGCCGUGCAAGUGAAUGCUCUACGCAGUCUCAGAAGCUGUAGUUCCCUGGCUGAAUGGUUAGCUGCACACCUUUUGUGCAAAGCUGUUGAGGCCGGUAGGGAUGCUCAACCUGCACUCAAUAACACAUGCUGCAUUUGGGCCUUAGGCUGUAGUUAAAUGCAGCAGAGUUUUGCUGCAGAUCCGUGGAGUCAUCUGUGAGGAAGAACAACAUUGCAACCCCAAAAGAGCUGUGCCAGCAUGACUUUCAAGACCUGUGUGAGAAGGGAGGGAUGGAGGACUUAUUUAGCUGAAGAUGCCAUCCUUUCCCCCAGAAGGACUGUAGAGCUGCAUUGCUAGUUUAUCAAAAUGAUUUAUACUCUUAAGCUCUGCUGCACUCGGAUUUUGAGGGGCUGUCCCCUAUGGGCUGAAGUCUUAGGUUAAAAUGCUUUCAGUUGUAUUGAACAGUUUCACGUUGUAAAGAUGUAGAACUGUGGAUUUUAUGUUUUACUUGUUGGGGCUGCUGCUGUUAUUUAUUUAUUUAUUUGAAUAGCUUUCAUACCAAAGUGACUUGGACAUGGGAUUAUGACAAUAUUGGAGGUGCUGGGCUGAGUCCUUCCUUCCACUGAUCACAGGAGGGAAUUGGGACUCUCGCUGUACUGGUGCCUCUUUCCUUGCUUAAAGCGCAACGUUUUGGUUCCCCCUAGCAGUGAACGUGUUGGAUGAUGAGAUGAAGAUGGCUGCUCUUUUGUCACAACCCGAGGGCCCCCCAAGCUGUGAGCAAACUGUUUUGUUAGUACUGGGUGUUAAUAUUCAUUAAUCUGGAAAUGGACAAAACUGACGAAAUGUUGUAUAUAGAAACAGAAGUGACCAAUAGGUAGAACCAAAUUCGAGUUAGACUACAGGGUUUGGGUUUUGUGGGUUUUUUUUAUGCUGGUUAUUCUCAAUUUUAUCUAUAUAACUUCCUGUGUUGAAUAAAAACGUGCUCUCCUUUAAAAUGUGAAA